AUGCUCCGGGGCUCCCCGUGCCUCCUGGGCGCCCCCUGCACUCCCCGCUGCUGGGACCCCAUUUGCUCGGGAGACACCAGCCCUGCCUUCGGGCUCUGCCUUCCCAGCCGCCACCAGGGGGCCCUGUGGCUCCUGGGUGACCCCCACGAAGGCCACGGACACGCGUGGAGCUGCGCGCCCGGAGCCUGCACCGUGAGCCGGCACCCUGGGACCUGCUGCGUGCCCGGCCGUCCGGCUCCCACACGGGGUGUGGCCUGCGGGGCCCGGGGGACCCCCAGCUCUGGACCUGGUCCGGGACCCCGCCCAGCCCGCCGCUCAGGCCGCCGCCCAGGCCCCUGCGCCCCUGCAGCCUGGGGGUCCCUCGUCGGCCCCCCUCAGCCCCUGCGCCUGCACACCGCCCAGGUGUGCGUCCCGCCCCCGCCCCCCUGCAGGCCGGGCGGCUCCGGGUGCAGAAGGCGAGGGAACCCCGGCUCCGUCCCCCGUGGCCUCGCCCCCUCCUGCUGCACGGCCAGUGGCUGCCAGGCCCGAAGCUGCGUCUGGAGAGACUGUGCGUGCCCGAGGCUCAGGCCCCAGAGCUGCCCGCCGCUGAGCUGGGCUUCUAGAAACCUCCGACCACUGUGCCACCUGCCAGGCACCUUCCUUCCUCUGAGCCACCCGCCCCGCACCUUCCGGCCGCUGA